GGGUUUGUGCGUAACUGAAUGGGGGAAUCCACCCCUUUCUCUAGCUCUCUACGGUGAUGCGAGUGGUGAUAUACAGGAGAAGGGAGGGAGGUGAGGGGGAACUGGAGGGUUGAGCCAGGAGGGAAGGGGUGUGCCAUUAUAAGAAGCCUCAGAGGAGGCAUGCACUCAGUUGUUGAAACCCUGAGCCUAAGGAUACGAGCUGAGCCAGCCAAACUCUGCUGUAGCCACAGAAGGCAAAGACUCUGAGAAACGUCUUCACACAUCCAGGCUGGAGCCAGAUCCCACAGGUUUUACCUCCCAGAUCCUCCAGCUGCUGACUCCUUGUUUUGAACUCUUCUGCUUGCUGGGCUCCUCUUUGUCGCUGCCUGUCUGGGUGCGCUGAGCGAUGAAGAUCCCUCUGUGGUGCCUGGUGGUGCUGCUGGCAUGUCUCUUCACCCCUGGACGCAGCGACUGUCAGGGGCAAUGUAUGACCUGUGGACUGCUCCUGCAGCAACAGCAGCUGGAACAAACCUUCAACACCAUGGUGUGUUUGUUGGAAUGCGAGGGUCGCAUCUCCUCUUCGCUGACGUGGGAGGUAUGCAAACGUGCUGUGAAGCUAUCGCUCCAUCCUACACUUUCUGAAGGAGGUGCUCUCUUCAAGAGAACGGGAGAAGAGCUGGAGCUGACCUCUCUCGACCUGAACUCUGACAGUGAACUGGUGCAGUCGACAGCUGCGGAGCGUUUCCAGGAGGGGGAUCGGGAUGAGACACCCUUCGAGGUGCGCAGCGUCCAGUAUGACUCAUCGCUGCUGGGAUCCUCUGAGGAGGGGGAGGGCCUGCAGAGUCUGGAUCUCAGUCUGACGGAUGAAGAGCAGAAGCCCAGAGAGGAGAGGAACGUGGAAAGCGAUGGCCAGCUAGAGGCCAAUGAAGGUGAGAGCUCAGAGGGCAUCACCUUAUCUAAACGCUUUGGCGGCUUUCAGAGGGGGCGCCACGCAUACAGGAAGCUGCUGGGCUCAUCAAUGAGGCCGCUACAGAAGCGCUACGGCGGGUUCAUAGGCGUCCGGAAAUCUGCCCGCAAAUGGAACAGUCAGAAACGGGUCAACCAGCUGCUGAGGCAGUACCUGGGCAUGAGGAGCAACCGCAGCGGCAGAUUCAACCCCAUGCCCAUGAGCCGCUUGUGGAGGCAACACAAACUGUAAAGUGUUUCCGGGGCACCGCCUCUGGUUACCUCAACCUGUCAACCAUUUUUUUUCACAGCAGCUCACUCCAGUUUGAACUGUGACGUCAUCAGAAGAACAGACUCCGCCAUCUUGCUGCGCCUCACUUUGUGUCUCCAAGUAACAAAGAAUGUUUUGACCGUGAUGUCGUUCCUAUUAACCACAUUUACAUUCUGUGAAAUAAAAGAAUUCGAGAAGUGCAAUUGAAUAUAUUUUUGUGUGUCGGUAUAAUAAAAAGUGGCCAAAUGAGACUGGAGAACUGGUUUAAUUGAAGAGUUUGAAAAUGAUGUGGAAAGCACUUUGAUCCAUGUUUGGCUGGAACAUGAAGUCCGCACUUUGUUUUUCUCUUUGGAAUCAUGGACUACCAUAAAUCAGGGUCCCGCUUUGAAAAAGGUAUUCCUAGAUUUAGGAAUAGUCGGCUCCUAUACAGCUACUAACUGCUCAUCUUCCCACGUUAGAGCAGACACAAGAUCAGAUGAUUUUAUAAAUCAGAUGGUGAAACUGCUGAAGCACCAAUUAUUAAUUAAUGAUAUAAAAAUCUAAUUUCCUGCUUAGGAAACUUAAUUAAGUAAACACACUGAGAUAAAUUGGUUUUCUGGACUCUGACUUUAUUAACACUGACAGUAAAAAGUGUUUUUUUUUUCUAUUGUAUUCUGUUAUUUCUGCAAUAAGGUGGAAGUUUUUAUUGCAAACUGUUCCAGUCACGAGUUUCUCUGAGAAAUGAACGUCAGGUUUGCGUCAGCGGAACAAUACUGCCCUCUAGUGUCCAAGGAUGUGGAAGUCAAGGGAUGCCUCAGGUUGAGGCCCUUUCCCAGGAGUUAGACUGAAAUUACAAAUUAACAUAAGACGGCGAGAUAACAGAAUAUAACAUUUUUGAGUGAAAAAGGACAGUAGUGUCCAGUAAUAAUAAUUCAUAAAAAUGAUAAUUCUUUCCUUUUUGGUUUCAAUUGUGAGAAUCAAGUCUGAGAAUAGAAGAUAAGAUAUUCUGUAUAUUUUGAUUUGAGGCAAAUUUGACAUGAGCUACAUGAACGUUAUUCGUCUCAAGAGUCUGUGCAUCACAUCCUCCAGUUAUAAGAAAAGUAGCUCAAACUGGUACAAUCAGUUUUUCAACAAUAACUAGGAGAAGGAGCGCACAGGGAGCUCUAAGAAGAGUCGAUAAAGGCUCUGUUAAAGUCACUGUAACCAAGUAUGUUGGCAUCUGAGCUGUAAUUAUGAACAAAUAUCAGUAAUAUUGAGGAAUAGUUUCUCAUAUUUAAAAAUAAAUUCUCCCUCUUUUACAGCCUAAACCUGGAUUUCAAAUGUUAACCCAGCCUACCCACUAACAAUUCCAGCUUUCCCAAACUAUCCUUUAAUUGUGAAAAUGAGGGAGCAGACCUCAGGGGUAAAGCAAGUCCUCCGCCUGCUUUCACACACUUCUCCACCCGAGGGCUUUUUCCUCCUCACGGCUGUUUAAAAGAAAAGAUGGAAGAUGAAAACUGCCAGGGAUCAUUGGGCAUCUACUGCACUGUGAGACAGGAGAGGAGGUCCAAGGAAAUGACUCAUGGCAUCCACUUAAUGCAGAGAGGGAUGAACUGUGCACGUCAGCUGUUUGGGAGGAAGUGUUUGUUGUUUCUCCGUGAUUUUGCAUAUUAAUAGUGUUUCCCGACGGUGCUGAUCGUUUCUGCAGUGUGUGGCUGAUUGCAGAGAAGAUGCAGGUGUGCACGUGCAUGUGUGUUUCUCAAAGAAAGAAAAAAAUGGGAAUUUGUGAACACGUGUACAUGUCAGCACAUUUUUACCAUCACACCAUUGCUCUGAGUCUUGUAUGGUGGAAAAACCAAUAAAAUGUUUGCUAUUUCCUUCGUGGACUGUCGUGCAGAACAACAAGAACAACAGAAAGCAGCUCAAAUUCUCAGUGCUUUUUAAUGUGUUUGACAAUAUAUUUCCUCUUUUUUUAUUGCUAUUGCAAACUCGUUCCCCUCACACUCGUCCCGCUGCCGUGACGGCUUCAAGGAACAGAACCAUUAACACUGGUCGUACGCCAACACACGGGCAGGAAGGAAAUCCAUUUCAUGGAAAGAACUUUUAGCUUAUUCUCGUGAGUUUAUAUUCCAACAAAGUGCCAAAAACAUGAAAAUAAUAAUAAAAAAAAAUAUCUGCCCAAUUCAUGGGCUGAACCAGACGAUUAAAAUAAUAAUAAUUAAAAAAAAAAAACAAACCCAAAAAACGGUAUAAAAUACUCGUACGUAACUCAGAGCACACAAUAUAAUGUACAUCAUAACCACUGUGUAACCACUGGAAGAGAAGAUCGGAAUAACAAAAACAGCCAAGUCUAAUAGUGGAGCUACAGGAGUAAUAUGACCUUUGGAUAAAGAGUAUUGUAGGCUUAGCACAUCACGUAGGUCAAAGUCAGUCAACA